AGUGUUUUUCAACAAGUAGUUAUUGUCUCAAUGUUUAAUUUCACUUGUUUUAAUGUGUGUCUUUGUGGUAAUUUUGAAAAUUGUCCCACUGAGGAAAUAUGAAGAAGUACUGUACUGUGUGCCUUACAACAUAUUUGCUUAAUUAACAGGAGUCUCUGUUUUUUGAGACUUCUAAUUGAAUACGAGCAGUCUGACGUGUAUGGAGAAAGACACUUCAUUGGGUAUUUCCUUGGGCGUUCUCCUUGGAACCAAAGAGAAAAAUUAUCUCAAUUGGCAGCAGAUUGUGUGAGCAAACUUCAAACACUGCACUGAAUCUGUUUUUUUUUUUUGUUUGUAAUUCCUACAAGUUACAGGCCAUUUUCAAAGGCGGUGAUCAUUUAUAAGAGAGAGUUAUCAUUUUAUCACACAGAUAGCUGAGGAAAAGUGGAGUUCACUUGGUUUGGAGCCAUUUAAAGACAUCCUCCCAGUCAUCCCAAACUGUGAAUCAUAGUCUAGAAAUUCCUGUUUGUGAAGAAAUUGUUUCAGCACCUUUAUAUGGGAUAAAUGACUCACUUGAUGACCUCCUGAAUUGUCCUUAUUAAAAAACUGUGCGAGCUUAAAUGUACAGAAAUCAUCUACUGGAUCAGCAAAAAGUGAUGUAUGGAAGAGAUAUGACUUCAGACUGAUUUACAUGUGUACAUGUUCCUCUUACAACUAAAAAAAAAAAUCAACUUAUUUUACACAUUCUUCAAACACUAUUUUUCACAAUCUCUGAUAAGCACCUCCACUGUGAGUUCAUGGCAGAUGGCCAAUGUACAUAUGUAUAUAUUUUGCCUUAAUUAGGAAAUUCCUCCAUUGUCUUCAUUAUUUGGUCUGGAACCUGCAAUGCUUUGGUUUCUUUUCUGCUUAUAACUUUUUUCAAGGAGAGCAAACAUUAAAAGGACCUCCUCUUCAGACUGAUGUCUGACCUUGAACCGGGUCAGUUUGUGUCUGCUUGUUCUGUUCUUUGAAGUUCUUUCCAGCUACACUGAGAGGACACGUAAUCAAAAUAUACAGUCAGUCAUCAUAUAGACAGCAUCUAAUGUAAUCUGGCCAAUUUUAUUUUCUCUCUCUCUGUCUUUUCCUUCUGUUUGUUCUUUGAUUGCUGCGAAAAGACUCUAACUUGGCAAAAUAGCCAUCCUCGCCUUAUGAGGAAGUGCAUACGAAAAACUCAGUCAAAUUAACAGCACAAAGGCUGUGAUGUUUGCUGUAUAAGUAUACUGAACUCUCAUGUUACAUAAAAACUGGACCUUGUCCAUUUGUAGAAAUGUAAUGUAUCUGAUUUGCAUUAUAUCUUGUUUCAGAGAAGGUUAUACGUCACGAAUGGAAAAUUUUGCACUUACAUUACCUUUUAUUGCGGAUAACAAUGGAGACUCAGGCAUGUCAAAUACAGGAAAAGAACAAAAUCAACGGUCAUUUGCAUUUGGUUUGCAUUAUGUGAACAAAUAACAUCUGUCCACAAUGUCUGCAUUUUCCACUGAACGCUGUGUGUGAAUGAAACACAACAUUCAUGACAAAAGCAUCCCAAUAGUCGAAAUAAAGUCAACAGCUAUAAAGUUUUUACAGCUUCAUGGUGAACAAUAAAGGGAUAGUUCAACAAUACUUUUUUUUGCUUGCCAAGGUAUUGGCUGUAGCUUCAUAUUUAGCAGACACAUAUAUGACUGUCAUCAAUCAUCACAUUUAACUCUCAGUAAGAAAGCUAAUGGUGCAUUUUCUGAUAUGUUCAACUUUUCUUUUAUCAUUGAUAGCACACAGACUGUAAUACUGUAUCUCAACAAAUACUGAAUGGAUUCCCAUGAAAUUUUGCAUUCACAGUCCUCACAUGAUGAACGCUACAGACUUUGGUGAUCCUCUGACUCUUCAUCUAAUGUCAUCAUCAGGUCAAAUUUUUAAAAUGAUGAGUAUUUAUUUGGUUUAUGACAAAAUGCCUGCAAAAUCACAUCACCAUCAGCUGUAUUUUUGAUUGGCAGGUACAGUGGUUAGCACUGUCGCCUCACAGCAAGAAGGUUCCAGGUUUGAGCCCCGGUUCGGCUUUUCUGUGUGGAGUGUGCAUGUUCUCCCUGUGUCUGCGUGGGUUCUCUCCGGGUACUCCGGCUUCCUCCCACCAUCCAAAGACAUGCACCGUAGGUGUGAAUGUGAAUGUGAUUGGUUUGUCUGUAUAUGUUGGCCCUGCGAACAAGUAAAUUCAUCAGAUUCUUUUUCUGCUUUAUUUAAAUGGCACCUUAAACCACUUAAUCAUCAGUUGUGCUCGGUUUCCCACAAAGUGAGGCAGCAUGAAAAUGAUACCACACAAUGCAGAAUGAGUGUUCAACCUGUACUGGACCUAUUUCAGGAAUAACCUACCAGGAAGCUGCUUUUGUUUAAAUCCUGGUCCCUAUUGUUCAAAGCUAAGUAUAAAGUAUAGAAUUGCACAUGACCUAUACCAAUACUCUGUGUAUUUACUGAGGAGAGUUGUUGAUUUUUGGUUCAUUUAAAGUGGUUGCGUAAUAUGGCAAGGAAUUCACAGCUUUGUAUGUCAUUUAGCCAAAUUAACAGAAUCUCAUAUCAUAAAUCUGCAACAAUACAUCAAUUGAUGCUGGAGUAGAUGGCAAUGAGAGGGGGAAAAAGAACAAGAGAAAGACAAAAUAAGAGAAGAGCAGGAUUAUAGGAAGAUAAAAUGCCAGAGUUCCUGAUGGGGCAGCUACAAACGAUGCUCUGAGUUUUUUUUAACCAGACCGUUGACAUUUUUCAGAGUACUAUGGGAAGGUGAGUGGCCAGUGCAUGAUAGCGCAGUGGUACAGAGGAGCAGACACUUGGGUUUAUUUCUGCAAAUGUUCAACAAGGUCAACAAAAGCAAACCAUGUGAACAGUGGAUGAAUAGGGCAUGUUUACUCUCACAAAAACCUGCCUAACCAAUUCUGCCAUUCUCCAUGGAGAGGAGGUAAAGUUCACAAUGGAUGUUUCUUGUCUUCAUGGCUAAAAUGUUGAGACAAAAUAAAAUAAGAGUGGUGCAACAGGAAGUUACACCAAAUUUUACAAGUAGACCUGACCAGAAAUAGCCUGUGCACUAUGACAGAAAACCAGUGACCUCAACAAACAUGCCCAACUUCCACAUCAUGCCUGUAUAUUACAGGGUAGUCUUGUUAAGCAUCAGCACCGUGUUAUAUUGAAUGUGAGGCAGAAGACUUAAACUUAGGUUGGUGUAUUGUGCUACUUAGAAUAUAACAUAUACCGAACCUGAUGCUUAUGCUGUGUAAGUAGCUGUGUAUGUAUCACCACACUGUAGCUUCAGUUCAGCCAGGCUGGGAUGUUUAGGUUUAAGGUUUAAAUGAUGUGUAUAUGUUUAUGAACUCAUGCAGAUAACAUAACAUUCCUUCCAUGUCCCUCUGCCUGUACACUAUCAGCACCAUCUGACACAUGAAGCCACUUAGCUCUUGAUCUAGAUGACAGGAGACAAACACAAAAAAAAUACUUAUAUUUUAUACUGCACACAGCAACAAAAGCUAAAAUUCACAGAGCAGGCCUGGAGAAAAAAACACAGGCAAACAUGUUGCAACAAUCCCCAGGGGAUUACAUAACAUUUCCUUGGGAAUGGUGGGUCAUAGUGACCACUUCAUAUCAUUUCUAUCUCCAUUAGCCAUCAUCAGCAGGCCUCUUUUAACAGCCAUUAUAAAACUGUCUGUCAAAAAGCGAUAGCAGCUUUGGCAUCCCGUGUACUAUUUAAAGGUCAGAAAAUCACCCACUCAACAUAACACAUCUUUAGCAAUGCAGCACAAGUGUUAAUGCUGCAUGAAUGCAUCAGAGCAUUUCUCAGUUGGAUAAAACUCCCUGCUAUUUUCAAUCUUUCAAUUUUGUGAAACUUAAAGUAAUAUUCCACCCAAAAUCUGUCUUUUGAGUAUCAAGUGUUAAAACCUCUAGUAGAAACUGCUUGCAUAUAACAGAGGCUGUAGUCAGCUUGAGUGAGAAAAAGCAUCAAAACAUCUAUUUAAAAAAAACUAUUUCAAAAUAAUACUGCAACGAAUCCAUUUCUCUGCUGUACUUUUAUACUCUUCAUAUGUUGAUUGUGGAUUAGCUCCCGGCCAUGUCACCAUGGUUCCCCAUCACUUCCGCUGCAACCACAUUAGCAAGGGAUUUUCCAAACAUCAGCGUGAGCAAGAAGAACGAUCACAGCAAGCACAACCUUUUCUUCAGCGUCCAUAUGAGCACCCACUGGUUGUUCAAAGACAGAUUGAACAUAUCGUUGAAUCUUCCCAAUAAUCUGUCUAUCAAUCAUGCAGAGACUAUUUGAAUAUCAUAUCAGGAAUUCAAAUGUAGCCUCACUUUCUUGUUGUAGCAGUUGAGGCUUUGCAGUGAUGGAUUAAAACACACUUUUGCACAGGGCUGUAGUAAGAGGCUGCGGUGUGAGCGCAUUUAAAGCACAGACUCAUACACUGAAUGAAAUGAACAAAUAAAAGGCUAUGAUGAUUUGACAAGACUGUGAAUGUAAGGGCUAUCAGGGUGAAAGGACGAGGUCCUCACGUAUUUAGUACCAUAGUCCAUAAAUGUCAAUUAUAUAUACUUGUAUGGUAUAUACUAGUUUAAUAUCAUCACAGUUUCUUAAUUUUGAUGUUCUUCUGCAUAGUCUCACAAAGAAGACUGCCUGCUGUUUUCACAGCCAUCCAUGCACAACAAUCUGUUAUUUGCUGUUUCCUGUACAGCGCUCUGUGACAAAGUUGAUAAAAAAUUUUCUAUAAAUAAACUUUACAUGACUGGCCCUUGUCAUGCAGGCUCACAUAUUUUAUUUUUUCCCCCUGAUUCUUCACUGAAGAGAGGAGGUGUGGAAACAACAGGGCAGACGCAAAUGACCCCUCAACUAUACACUGAAGUGUCCUUUUAUUCCUUUAGCAGACUCUGAAUCUUCACCGGCCCAAACAGCCUGACCUCUGACGGAAAUAAGUUUAUUUCAACAGAACUACAGGCUCCAGUCUUUUCUUAUCUCCUGUGUUUUGGUAGAGUGGAUGUGCAUCUUUCAGUGUUCAUCACCAUUCAGCUUACACUCUCUUCACGGGACACAAACAAAACAGACUAUGCCAACUAGAGCAUCACUAGGGAUAAAAUUCAGCAUGUUCACAGCAGUUGAAUAAAAAUGAUCAUCCUGAAUGGACAGAUAAAGUGUAGUUAUGACAAAUGUGACUACUUUCUCAGGCUGCUGCUCUAAUUCAGGGAUAAUUUGUGCUAAAUAUAAAGGCCCGGCAAACUCACACAAGUGUUUCCACUUAUUGCAGUUGACUAGAGCUCUUUUCAUGUUGAAGCUGGGUGGAGCUUUGCUGAAGCCACCAGAUUUCACACCCUUGUUAUAAAGGCAUAGGUCAGGCAAGUUUGUUGAAAACUCUAAUCAAUUACUCAUUACAUAUUACUCACUGAAGAAGUAAUUAUGUGACUUUAUUAAUUACUGAAAUAAUCGUAAUGUUAUUUUACUUUCAUUUUUCAGUCAGUAAUGUAAUCCUGCCCAACACUGGGUAUGAACUGUCCCUCCACAGUAACAGGUGCAACAGAGCUAACAGAGGAGUGUGGGAGAUGUCAGCACAGUGUGUAUAUUAACUUAAAUAAUGAGGUUAAGCAUUGGGAUUCUGAAUACGUAACCUGAUUGACGACACUGUCCACCAUACAAAUGAAUAGAACAUUAUAUGAUGGAUUUGGAUAUAAUGUAGACACGUGGCAUAGCAUAUGUGUGACCAGCUGUCUUCAUAAGAGCACAGUAUAGCGCUGGAAUAGUAAAUCAAUAAACUGAUUAGUCCAUCAACAGAAAAAUAACAGACUGAAAUUUUGAUAUCAUAUAUCAAAAUGUAUCAUAAUGAACUGAUACAAGUUAACCAGCAGAUUUAAAAAAAAUAAUAAUAAUGAGGAUUUUCUGUAUAUCCCCUUUAAAAAAAAAAAAAAAAAAAAUGUUAUUUGAAUAUAUUUGAGGUUUGGACAGUUGAUCAGACAUACAGACAGGAUGCUGCCAUGAGGCCUGGGAACAUGUGGUGAUCAUUUUGCCUUAAAAACGGCUAUAAAAGGUAAUUAAGGGAUUAAUAAAUAUCCUUUAAAGUUCUUUUAAUAAAACCUCACAGAUAGAUUUGUUUAUCGUGCUCAGGAAAAUUAGGUCCAAUACCUUCACGGAUGUUUUUUCUCGUGAGUAAAAUCUCUCUGGACAGGAAAAAGCCUAAGACAUCCAUUUAUCCUCCUGCCUGAGGUCCCCUCUCAUACUAAGACCCCGUAAUUCCUUGCUACGCCCCUGACUUAUGUGAAACCACCGGCAAAGCUUGUUGGUAGCAGUAAAACUCAGCCAGCACCUUCAGGGAAGUUUCCUAAAAACAUUUGCCUUGGCAGGUCGGCUUUGUGUGGUGUUAGUGAAGAGACUCCACGGAUGCAUUCCUUCACCCUGCGUGGUCAAGUUAUGGCAAGAAUGUGGGAUGACUCUUUUUCAUUUUUCUGCGUGACCAGGCAGCCCUUUCCUUAUAGUCCCCCACCUCGACACACACACACACACACACACACACAAGAUCAGGCCGUGUCAGUCGACCUGAGUCUGUGACACCUCGGUGCUGACACUGAAGUAGAGCUGGUGAACUGAUGAUGAGAGGAGAGGAGUGGCACAAACUUCCCCGUGUGACGCGCCAGGCCGCCGCCGCUCCUCCCUGUUAACAGCGCGAAAAGAGAAAAAAAGUUUCCUCUUCUUCUCACUUCUUAGUUCUGCUGAUGUAGCGGCAGUUUGACGGAGCGCGUGAGGAGUGAAAGAGACAGGCCCCUACAGCCAAAGGUUUGCCUUUUAAAACUUUUUAAAGGGACAACAAAGUUUGGACAUGAUAUCACUCAGCGGGUAGGGAAGGCACUUGAAUCUUUUCUCCCAAAGCGUGCGGCAUCAUGAAGCCACUGCUGCGCCUCAGCGUCUCUCUGUGGACUGUUCUGGUCUUCAGCGCUCUCCUCAUGAACUCCCACGUAGAAGUAGCUGGUACGACACAACCCAGCACAGCAUCAACAGCAACAACAGCACCGACAACAGCAACAACAGCAGCAACAGCAGCAACAACAGCAGCAACAGCAGCAACAGCAACAGCAUCGACAGCAACAACAACAGCAGCAACAGCAACAGCAUCGACAACAGCAGCAACAGCAACAGCAACAACAACAGCAACACCAACAGCAACAGCAAUAACACUGACAGCAGCAACAGCAGCAGCAACAACAACAGCAACAACAACUACAACAACAGAAACAGUCAGCCCUAUAUCUAGUACAACUGUCAAGCCUGAAGAUAUCAGAAAUCUCACUGUCACUAACUUCACCACAUCCUCUGUGACUCUGAGCUGGAUUAAACCAGAAAGAAACAGCUCCUCCUAUAGUAUUAUAGUACAGUGGACAGAUGGAAAACUCAAUCAAAUUGUGGAUUCAUCUAAAACAUCCGUGACCAUCAGUAACCUGACUGCUGGUGUCCAGUAUACCAUAACUGUUACUGCAGUGGCAGGUGACAACCGUACUGUUGGACAGAGCGUGGCUGUUUCCCAAUACACAAAGCCUGAAGUGGUCUGUUGCUUCAACAUCACUGGAAUCACAACAUCUUCUCUAUUUGUGAUGUGGACUGAACCAAAGGGAGAGCGCUCCUUUUAUAGAGUACAGUGGACUAAUGGAAGCAGUGAGCAGAGUGUCAUUGCCCAUGAAACAAAAAUGAAUGUCACUGGGCUGACUGCUGGAGUGAAGUACAGUUUUACUGUCAUAUCAGUGGCUGGAGAUAACAAAACAGAGAGUGACACGGCAGAGAUUUUUCAUUACACAAAGCCUGAAGAAGUCAGAAAUCUCAGUGUCACUAACUUCACCACAUCCUCUGUGUCUCUGAACUGGACUGAACCAGAAGGAAACAGCUCCUUCUAUAGAGUACAGUGGACAGAUGGAAAAUUCAGUUUGACUGAUAAUGUGUCAGAAACAUCUCUAACCAUCAGUAACCUGACUGCUGGUGUCCAGUAUGAAGUAACUGUUACUGCAGUGGCAGGUGACCACCAUACUGUUGGACAGAGCGUGGCUGUUUCCCAAUACACAAAGCCUGAAGAAGUCAGAAAUCUCAGUGUCACUAACUUCACCACAUCCUCUGUGUCUCUGAACUGGACUGAACCAGAAGGAAACAGCUCCUUCUAUAGAGUACAGUGGACAGAUGGAAAAUUCAGUUUGACUGAUAAUGUGUCAGAAACAUCUCUAACCAUCAGUAACCUGACUGCUGGUGUCCAGUAUGAAGUAACUGUUACUGCAGUGGCAGGUGACCACCAUACUGUUGGACAGAGCGUGGCUGUUUCCCAAUACACAAAGCCUGAAGAAGUCAGAAAUCUCAGUGUCACUAACUUCACCACAUCCUCUGUGUCUCUGAACUGGACUGAACCAGAAGGAAACAGCUCCUUCUAUAGAGUACAGUGGACAGAUGGAAAAUUCAGUUUGACUGAUAAUGUGUCAGAAACAUCUCUAACCAUCAGUAACCUGACUGCUGGUGUCCAGUAUGAAGUAACUGUUACUGCAGUGGCAGGUGACCACCAUACUGUUGGACAGAGCGUGGCUGUUUCCCAAUACACAAAGCCUGAAGAAGUCAGAAAUCUCAGUGUCACUAACUUCACCACAUCCUCUGUGUCUCUGAACUGGACUGAACCAGAAGGAAACAGCUCCUUCUAUAGAGUACAGUGGACAGAUGGAAAAUUCAGUUUGACUGAUAAUGUGUCAGAAACAUCUCUAACCAUCAGUAACCUGACUGCUGGUGUCCAGUAUAAAGUAACUGUUACUGCAGUGGCAGGUGACCACCAAACUGUUGGACAGAGCGUGGCUGUUUCCCAAUACACAAAGCCUGAAGAAGUCAGAAAUCUCAGUGUCACUAACUUCACCACAUCCUCUGUGUCUCUGAACUGGACUGAACCAGAAGGAAACAGCUCCUUCUAUAGAGUACAGUGGACAGAUGGAAAAUUCAGUUUGACUGAUAAUGUGUCAGAAACAUCUAUAACCAUCAGUAACCUGACUGCUGGUGUCCAGUAUGAAGUAACUGUUACUGCAGUGGCAGGUGACCACCAUACUGUUGGACAGAGCGUGGCUGUUUCCCAAUACACAAAGCCUGAAGAAGUCAGAAAUCUCAGUGUCACUAACUUCACCACAUCCUCUGUGUCUCUGAACUGGACUAAACCAGAAGGAAACAGCUCCUUCUAUAGAGUACAGUGGACAGAUGGAAAAUUCAGUUUGACUGAUAAUGUGUCAGAAACAUCUAUAACCAUCAGUAACCUGACUGCUGGUGUCCAGUAUGAAGUAACUGUUACUGCAGUGGCAGGUGACCACCAUACUGUUGGACAGAGCGUGGCUGUUUCCCAAUACACAAAGCCUGAAGAAGUCAGAAAUCUCAGUGUCACUAACUUCACCACAUCCUCUGUGUCUCUGAACUGGACUGAACCAGAAGGAAACAGCUCCUUCUAUAGAGUACAGUGGACAGAUGGAAAAUUCAGUUUGACUGAUAAUGUGUCAGAAACAUCUAUAACCAUCAGUAACCUGACUGCUGGUGUCCAGUAUAAAGUAACUGUUACUGCAGUGGCAGGUGACCACCAAACUGUUGGACAGAGCGUGGCUGUUUCCCAAUACACAAAGCCUGAAGAAGUCAGAAAUCUCAGUGUCACUAACUUCACCACAUCCUCUGUGUCUCUGAACUGGACUGAACCAGAAGGAAACAGCUCCUUCUAUAGAGUACAGUGGACAGAUGGAAAAUUUAGUUUGACUGAUAAUGUGUCAGAAACAUCUAUAACCAUCAGUAACCUGACUGCUGGUGUCCAGUAUGAAGUAACUGUUACUGCAGUGGCAGGUGACCACCAUACUGUUGGACAGAGCGUGGCUGUUUCCCAAUACACAAGACCAGGCAUAGUUUUAGAACCUGAUACAUCCCAAAACACCUCCUCCAUCUACCUGAACUGGGACCCGCCUCUUGGUCAGGCAUUCAAAUACAGGUUGGAGUGGCACAAUGGUGGAGCACUGAUGACUAGACACACAACUGAUACCUCUGCUGUGCUGUCAGAGCUGAUCCCUGGUACAGAGUACAUAAUCACAAUCACAGCCAUUGCUGGAGACAACAAGACAGAGGGAGAACCCUACUCAUUCACCUCAGCCACAAAGCCAGAGGUCAUCAGAGAUCUCAGUGUCACUAACUUCACAACAACCUCUGUAUCACUGAAAUGGGCUGCACCAGAGGGACACAUCUCUUUCUAUAUAGUAAACUGGACCAGUGGAGCUGCCAUUAACACAGAAAAGACAUAUAUGUCUAAUUUCACCAUUUCUGAUCUGACUCCUGGAGUGAAAUAUAAUUUCACAGUGAGCGCAGUCACUAAUACAACUAGGCGCAUGCUGGAAGGAGACAGUGCCACUUUGUCUCAGUAUACAAUGCCUGUAAAGCCUGAGAGCAUUGCCAUUAAAGAACGAGGAACCAGUUACCUGAGGAUCAACUGGACUUUGCCUAAAGGGGAAGCUGAUUAUUAUGUGGUGAACAUCUCAAGUAUAACUCUGAUGUAUUCGACUAGCAUUAAAACAGCAAACACCACAGCCCUCUUUACUGAUUUACGUCCUGGGAGAAUGUUUGAUAUCACAGUGACCGCUGUAGCUGGAUUCCUCACUAAGGAGUCUGACCAUUCUUCAUUUGCAACUGUUCCCACACCUCCUGGUUUUAUUAACAUCAAUGAGAGGACAAACUCUUCACUCCUCCUGGAGUGGCCGACUCCUGACUCCAUGAAGGGUGCUCCAAACAUCAGCUACCAUAUCACCUACCAGCGUGAGGGUGGCGAAGUACAAAAUAAAGGCCUCACAGUCAAUAGUACAGAGCUGUCCAUGCUUUCCUCUGGAAGUUCCUACAAUAUAACUGUAGAAACAGUUGGACCCCAAAAUUUAAGGAGUGAGGUUGUCCGAAAUUCUGCUUUCACUCUGCCCAACCCUGUGUUGAACGUUGUAGCCAGCCCUAAAUCCACCACCUCAGUCGUAGUGAAAUGGUCAUACCCAGAGGGAGCCCAGUCGUAUUACCAGUACUUGAUUAAAAUCUGCAAUGCCGCAGGACCAUCUGUUAAUAAAACAGUGGUCAAUAACAGCAUUGAUGUAUUUGACUUGGAGCCAGGAACCAGAUAUAAUAUCAGUGUCAAGACAAGAGCAGCACCAGGAAGUGAAUCCACAGAAGAAAAGACAUUCACAUACACAAUGCCCAGUGCAGUGACCAACUUAACAGUGAGUGAGGUAAGCACAACAGCAAUCCAGUUGACGUGGACCAAACAAAGUGAUUAUAAGACUUCCUACUCCUACCUGGUUAUAGCACUCCAGAACAACACAGAGAUUCUGAGUGGUCGAAUAGAGACAGAGACUUUUACCUUUUCCGGUCUGACCCCUGGAGAACUGUACACUUUUUAUGUGUACACGGUCGUAGAAAGGGUCAACUCCACAAGGGAAAAUAUAUCAAGCUACACAAGACCUGAAGUAGUUUCUAACAUCACAGCCAUAGGAGACACAGCUACCAUGUCAGUGAGCUGGCAACCAGCAACUGGGGGGGUGAACUUCUACACUGUCCUACUGUACAGAGACCAGCAGUUGGUGGAAAACAGCACACGUCUAAGCAACACUGCUGUAAACAAAACAUUUUGGGACCUGAAACCAGGAGUGUUUUACUGUGUAGAAGUGGUCACCAAGAGUGGACCAUUUGAGAACAGUACAAGCAUUUGCAAUGCAACUUUUCCCAACCCUCCUGGCCCCAUUGCUGUGCAGUCUCAGACUGUGGAGUCCAUCAACUUUACCUGGCCAUUUCCAGAGGACAUGGACUAUAAUCAUUACAACUUCAAUGUGUCCACCUUUAAGGGCACCUUUCUGAUUAAAGACAAUUGGUUCCUGCUGGCUGAGCUUCUGUCUGGAAGUCCCUACAACAUCUCUAUUGUUACUGUGGGCGAGAAGAACUAUGAGAGCACAGCGGUGACAGCACAAAACUAUACCAGACCACGCUCUGUAACCAUGCUGAGACCAGCAGAAAUCACCACAAAUUCAGUGACCUUGGAGUGGGAACAACCAGAGAAAAAAUCUCACUACUCAUAUGUUGUGCAGGUUAACAAUAGCUUGAGCAGUGUUUCUUCAGAAUUAAAUUACACAGCCACUGGACUUUCAUCUGGGAGCAACUACAGCUUCACUGUCACUACACAGACAGCAGAUGGCACUCAGGCAGCUCCUGUUACAAUCUCCAUCUAUACAUGGCCUUAUAGUGUUAGAUAUUUGGAGGCUCAAACCUUAAACACAACCACUGUACGUCUGAAUUGGACAAAACCACUGGAGCACAAGGAUGACUAUAGAUAUCGGAUUAACACUACAGGCUGUGGCUCCCAAAACACAGAAAAUGUCACAGCAACAGUUGUAGACAUCUCAGAGCUCACCCCUGGGACCGAGUGCAUGUUCUGUGUUUUUGUCGUGGCAAUGAAUGGCAUCGAAGGGAAAUCAAACUGCAUCUCACAGUACACUGAACCUGAGACAGUGCAACCCAAUAUCUCCAGCCAGGGCUCCAACAGUUCAAUCCUGGUGUCAUGGACCAAACCUCCUGGGAGAGUGGGAUAUUAUGAGGUUUACCUUUAUAACAGCACUUCCUUCAUUUUAAAGGACACGCUCAAUUCUUCCAGAACUUCCUUUCUGUUUGAGGAACUGUCUGCAGGGAUUAUUUACAAAGCCAGCGUAAGCACAUUUAGUGGACCCUUCAAUGCAUCAUCUCGAGUGGUCACAACUGCAACUUUCCCUAACCCUCCGGGGGCGAUUGAAGUCCACACAAAGACAACCAGUUCCAUUGAAAUUAUGUGGGAAGAAGCUCCUCUGAUGGCCAGUGCAUCUUUCAGCUACCAAUUGACCAACAUAUCGUCAGGUGGAUACAUCAGCACCAACAACACCAGACACACUUUUGACUCCCUGGAUUCUGGAACUUCCUACAACAUCUCCGUGGCAACUGUGGGUGCCAUGGGUUUUGAGAGUGAGGCGGUUCACAUCUACCUGGUUACUACAAGACCAUUGAGUGUGAAGUCUCUUAUGGCUGAUAUGACAGGAGAGGACACUAUCACAGUCAAAUGGGAAAGGCCUGAUGAUUACAAGGACAGCUACCGUUACAGUUUGACCUGGCAAAGACAAAAUAAGAUCAUCAAUAACACCACAACUGAAACUGAGUUUACUAUUGAUAACCUGAUUCCUGGAAGCAACUAUAGCUUUAGUGUCAUCACAGAGACCUCUGAUGGAACACAGAGUGAGCCAGCAACGAAUUCGGGCUGCACAAAUGCAAGCCCAGUGAAAAACAUAUCAUGUAAAGGUCCAAACGAACCCAAUGCAAAAAUCAUCCUGCACUGGGACAAACCCAGUGGCCAAUACUCUGGCUUCGAGGUCACCAUAAACGACAGAGAUACCAGAAACUUGACAAACACCUCUUGCAACCACACUGUGUCCAACCUUAAUCACAAUACUGAAUACACGCUGACUGUGGAGACACUGAGCUGUGGAAAGCCCAGCACUCCUGUUUAUCAUUCUUGCUGGACAGGCAUUACAGAUCCACCCAUUCCAUCCAACUAUGUGUCACUUUCGGAGGUGAGUGACAUGGAAUACAACAAGUUUACCGUUGUGAUUCAGGAAGAGCUGCUGAACAACACAAAUGGACAAGUCACAGAUGUUGGGGUGCUGGUGACAGAUGACCCUGUUGCUGUCCUUACAGGUAACGCUUCUGAUUUGAAAAAUUACCUGGUGAAAACUUAUAAUAAGUGGAGGGCAAAGAAGACUCCUGUCUAUCUGGCAACAGUCACCAGCUUCCAGUCACGGAGUGGACAGAAUGGUCUGAAAAUAGUAGUGGGAGAUAAAUCCACAUGGAUGGGCUACACUAAUGGUGCUCUGGACGCCAAUGGACAAUACCAAUAUGCCAUUGUGUUGUUUACCAGUCUGCAAUAUGAGGAUGAAAUUGUGGAUGUUAACCAGUCACUGCUCUCAGUAACAAAUUUCUACCCUGUUGUUGUGCUCCCACAAAAUCCAGCUGUCAUUGGCAUUGCUGUCGGAGUAACACUGGCAAUUUUUUGCGUUCUCUUCAUCAUCCUCAUUGGCUUCAUUAUCUACUGGAAAAGGUUAUCCAACAAAGAAUCAUCAGACAUCCAGAUUCAUUCCAUGAGAAGUGUGGCCGUGAGGGUGGAGGACUAUGAGGCUUACUACAAGAAGCAGAAAGCAGACUCCAACUGUGGCUUUGCUGAAGAGUUUGAGGACCUGAAGGUUGUUGGAACGGGUCAGUCGAAAACAAGUGCUCUGACUUUGGAGAACAAGCCCAAGAACCGCUACAACAAUGUGCUUCCCUAUGACUCUUCUAGGGUGAAACUCUCUAUUAUCCAUGGAAGUCCAUAUGAUGACUACAUCAAUGCUAACUACAUGCCGGGUUACAACUCCAGGAAGGAGUUUAUUGCAGCUCAGGGUCCUUUGCCCACCACGGUCAGCGAGUUCUGGAGGAUGAUAUGGGAGAAGAAUGUGCAGACACUUGUCAUGCUGACACGCUGUAAUGAACAGGGACGAGUAAAAUGUGAGCAGUAUUGGGGAUCUGGCACCAUGCACUUUGAAAACAUCACUGUGAUAACAACCUCUGAAAUACCACUUGAAGACUGGACCAUCAGGGACUUUGACAUUAAAAAUGUGAAAACAGCUGAGACCCGGUCGGUGCGUCACUUCCACUUCACAGCCUGGCCAGAUCAUGGGGUACCAGAAACCACCGAGCUGCUCAUCAGCUUCAGACACCUGGUCAGAGAGCACAUGAACCAGUACUCCAGACACUCUCCUACUGUGGUCCACUGCAGUGCUGGUGUUGGGCGCACAGGCACCUUCAUAGCCAUUGAUCGUUUGAUCUUCCAGAUUGAGAGGGAAAAUAUUGUGGACGUGUACGGCAUCGUCCAUGAUCUGCGCAUGCACCGGCCCCUUAUGGUGCAGACAGAGGAUCAGUAUGUGUUCUUAAACCAGUGCGCCAUGGACAUAAUCAGGGCAAGAACUGGAACCAAUGUGGAUCUAAUCUACCAAAACACUGCUGCACUCUCUAUUUACGAGAACGUAGAACCCAAAAAAGGCUUUCGCAAAAACAACUACCGCAAUGCAUAGGCCAGAAAAACUGCUGUGGUCUUCUACUUCUCUCUGUACUUGUAGCAAGAAAUUGAGCAGACAUUUAUAAAGGGAAGGCUUUUAACAGAUUGUGCUGUAUUUAUUUUUAUACCUGUCUUGCUCUUGUUAAGAACCUUGUAGCUUCCUGGAAUUAAACCUAUUGUUUUGGUAUUUAUUUGUUAAAAAUGUUGAAUGUUUGGCAAUGAAAAAAAAUUAUAUGGAGAAAUGAUUUUGGACAUAAUCAUUGACUAAAACUGUUUGGAUUAUAUGUAAACUUCUGUCUUGGAUUCUUUCUUAUAAUUGCAUACUUUUGUAUUGCAGUUUUUUUUUCUCCUUGCUUACUACUGUAUUUUUAGCUCAGGUAAUAUGUUGGAUGCUGUAUAGGUAUUAUCAUUACUUAUUACUUAUGGAAUCGCCUUGUACAAAAAAAAAGAUUGCUGGUAUAAAUACUAUGUGCCUUUUAAAAACUUGUGGGCUUUAAUACCAGUAGGUGGCACUCUUCUAUUGUUGUUUUAAUGCAAAAGACAAAACUGUAACAGACUAACAGGGACUGUUGUGAUUUUACCGUGUUAUGGGAAUGUUAAAAUAUAGUUUUUCAAUAUAUCAAAUUUUUUUGUCAUUUGUUUGUCAGAUUGUGCAGCCACAUGUUUUUGCACCUCUUAAGUCAAACUGAACUGUGCAAUGCCUUUUAAUGAAGGAGUUUUGUUGUUUGUUGUAGAGUCUGUAUUUGUAUGCACUGUAGUGAAUAAUGCACUGGAUGCAUUUGUCUUUCUGCACUGUCCACUUUUUAAAUUACAAGAUUUCUCUUUAUCAGUAUCUUACAUUUUGGCCAGUGCUUUGUCAAACUGUUUGUAACCUUUUGUUAUUCACCCCAUAUCUGGUUGUUACAGUUUUACUUUUUAAAAUUAAAGAGAUGGGUCGUUAAACAGAAACUCAGGAACACAAACAAUGAACACUGAAUAUUUUACUGAUAGGUUACAAAAGCCAUACCACAACAAUGUGUACUUUGAAGAACUUAGAGAUCACAUACAUUGUUUUGUUUUGUCAAUAUCCUUCUUUUCUACAUUGUUAAUUCCUCAUAAAAAAAUAAUGUCCUAUCACUUCCUGCUGUAUAUCUGGUCUAUCUAUGGCCAUUUCCUGUGAUGUUAAAAUCACCAGAGGAAUGCAAGCUUUAUUUUCAGCUUCUAAAGGGCAGAAUUUUCCAUGUGGCAGGUACGUUUUUUUUUUCUGAAGAUAAUUGAUAUAUGCAGUUAGCCUGCAGAUAUUUUUACUGUAUUGUACUGUAUUUUAAUGUAAGUAAAAUGAUUGAAAGCACUUGUGUGUUGAUUGAAAAACAAGAAUAGCAAAUAGUAAAAACAGUCAUAACAUUUUUAGGAUGAUUUUGAAAUGCUUUAUGAGAUGCUUGCUGGUACAAUGCAAAAAUGUAAAAGGAGCAAAAUAAUAUUUGUAUGCUGUUCAAUCUGUCUAACAAAACUGGGAUUAAAUAUGUUAUUACAUUUUUACCCCA